CUCUGUCGCAGCCAUGGCCUUCGGAGCACUUCUCGCUGGGCUGGUACUGAUCCACACUGGAGGUCUGCUUGGGGCCGAGGUGAGGAGCUCCAUCAUCGGGGGGGAGGAUGCUAAAAAGGAUAACUGGCCGUGGAUGGUCCACCUGAACAUAACUGAUGAGAAAAAGAACUGGCGCUGCGGCGGCACCAUCCUGAAUGAAAAUUGGGUGCUGAGUGCUGCAAGCUGCUGGCAAACAAAUAAUCAGAUUAGCUACAAGAAAACAAUGAUUUGGGCAGGCGCAUACAACCUGAAAAAGGGUGCCAAGGAAUACCUGGGCAUUGAAUUUUAUAUGAACAACCCCGGGUUCAAGGAACUGGGCGAGGGCCACUACGUGAACGACAUCGCUCUGGUGAAGCUGAAGUACCCGGUGGAUACCUCAGGGGAGAUCAAGGCAGUGAAUCUGCCCGACCCCGACGCCACCUUUGACUCAUCGUCUGAGUGUUGGAUCAUUGGAUGGGGGGAUACUAAGGGAAAUACUCAUCUGGCGAGUCCUGAAACCCUUCAACAGCUGAAGACUACCAUCAUCCCUCAAAAGAAAUGUAAGGCCAAGAAUCCUUAUCUGGCUGAAGGAGUAAUGUGUGCAGGGGACAAGGCAGAAGGGAAGGACGCCUGCACAGGGGAUUAUGGCGGCCCGCUGGUGUGUAAAACAGCCGGGGGCUACGUGCAGGUGGGCAUCAUGAGUUACAGCAGUUGUGGUGUCAAAGGCAACCCUGGCUUCUAUACCGAAGUGUCCAAGUUUCGGGAGUAUAUCAACAACUACAUCCACAAACCCUAGGAAGCCUCCGCUGAGAUGGAAACGUCCUGGAAGCUGAAGCUGACGACCUGCUUUACUCUUUAACGCUUCUCCCCUGAGUUGCACUCUCAGUCCCUGUUGUCACUUUAUUACAGUUGACAUGCACUCUUGUUUCUUCAUCUUUGCAUUAAAAGCUUUAAAGCAUCCA